GAUGGCCACUGGCACGGGGAAGAGCCUGGUCAUGGCGGAUCUUUUGGCUAACUUAGGUCCUGCAGGAAAGGCUUGCGUGAUUGUCCCAAAGUUGGAUUUGAUGGAACAGAUGACAGUCAUGUUGGAAGAUGUUCUGCCAUCGAUGUGCAUUUCUCGGGUUGGUACGGGAUGGAGGGCCAACUUAACAGCCGAUGUGUUUGUUUGUGUGCGAAACUCAGCAUGGCAACUUGAGAACUUCUCCUUUGAUCUCCUGCUGCUUGAUGAGGCUCAUCAUUACGAACCAAGUUUGCAUUCUGAUUCCACCAAUCUUUGUGGGCCUCACUUAAGACAGGUCUUGUCGCUGAAAGCAGACAAGCGUCUCUUCUUCUCGGCUACCCUCCUCCAGAACUUUCCAGACUUCGACUUCAGCCUCAGGCCUGCCAUUGAAGCUGGCGUCAUCCAGGAUUAUUCCAUUGUGGUCCCCGUGAUCUCUGAAGGGGAUCCACGUCCCAGCCUGGUAGAGAUUAUUCAGGACCUUCCUUUGUCAAGGAAGAUUCUGGCGUUUUGCAACACAGUCUACGAAGCGAAGCGGUUCACCAAGCUACUCAUUGCUGCUGGCAUUCCAGCAGACCACUACAAUGCAGAAACCAAACAGUCACGCAGGCAAGCCAUUUUGAGUAGCUUUGCAUUGAGUGAAGGAGGUGGAGGUAUUCGUGUCCUGGUCACCGUGGAUGUUCUCAGCGAGGGCGUUGACUUACCAUGGGCAGACACUUGCUUAUUUGUCGCCCCGAGGCGUGGUAUCAGGUUUAGACAGUGCAUUGGGCGGGUGCUUCGAAGGGAGUCAAGAAAGCUUGAUGCCCUUGUCAUCGCGCCACCCAUUGUCGUCAAUCUUGCAAGUGGUAAUUUGACUGAAGAUCAAGAGUUGAGACGAUUGCUUCAAGAGCUAGCAAGUGUUGAUAACGUGUUUCGGAGAUAUUUGGCGGAAAAAUCAACGGGGCAGACCUUGCCCUUGGCUAUUCAAGCUGGUGGGCUUCCCGGGGCCACUUCGGAGGAGAUGGCAGUUGAACAAGCUGCGGAAUUGCUUGAGCUUCGGGUCCUACCAUCCGUCUUGGCAAGGUUUCCGACAACCUGGGAAAGCUGGUAUGACAGAUUGCUGCAUUACAAAGAGGAAAAGGGGGACAUACUGGUGCCUCACGCAUACAAAACCCCAGAUGGCCACAGCCUCGGCUUUUGGGUCAGCAAUCAGCGUGCAGCAAAAGCAAAAGGCAAAUUGUCUGCGGAACAUGUUGCGCUUUUGGAUGAGCAAGGCUUUGUUUGGAGUGUUAUUAGUCGUGAAUCGUGGGAAGGCUGGUAUGAUAGAUUGCGGCAUUAC